AGAAGACAACCUAUUUGUGGUAACACAAUGCAUCGAAGUGGCAGUCCAGGAGGGCAGACCACUUUACGCAGCUUUCCUGGACAUUUCCAAGGCAUAUGACAUGGUGGACCGGAACAUACUCUGGAGUCGACUUCGAGGGCUAGGAAUAAACGAGGCAGAUGUGAAUCUGCUGCAGGCACUGUAUGCUGGGGUCUCAGUGCGGAUUGAGUGGGAGGGCCACAUGACCAGGCGUCUACCAGUACCCAGGGGCCUGAGGCAAGGAUGUCCACUAUCCCCCUUGCUAUUUAUGUUGUAUGUGGCACCGUUGGAGAAAGCGCUGGAGCAGUCGGGUGUGGGCUUCGACCUAUCAUACAGAGUGGAGGGAGCCUGGAAGCGGCAGAGAAUACCGGCCCUCAUUUACGCCGAUGAUGUGGUGCUCCUUGCCGGCUCGCCUGAGGACCUCCAGGUGCUUCUGGACAUAUGCGGGGAGCUCGCCACGCAUUUUAGACUCCGUUUCAACCAGAGGAAGAGUGCGGUCCUAGCCUGGGGAGACCGAGAUGGACCGAAUCGGGAACCAGAGGAACAACGGUGGCACCUGCAGGGAGGGAGGUUGACAAGACAAAACACAGUCAAAUACUUGGGAGUGACCCUGACUGCGGAGCCCGACUACCUGAAGGUCCAUGAACGAGAGAAGAGAUUGGGAGCGAUAAGGGGGAAAGGAGUCCUGGCGAAGAAGAGCACCUGGACGUUCAACAGGUUCGAGGUGGUGAGGGGUCUAUGGAAGAUGGCCAUCGUUCCGGGACUCACGUACGCAAAUGGCGUACUCGUCCUCUCAUCGCAAACAAGGGCCUUCCUGGAGAGAAGACAGAGGGAUGCGGGAAGAAUGGCCUUGGCAGUUUCAAGAACAGCACCCAACGAGGGUGUCCAGGGGGACUUGGGCUGGUCGUCCUUCGAGGCCAGAGAAGCCAGCGCCAAGGCACUGUACGAGAGGAGAGUGCACAGACUCCCGGAUGGGAAUUGGGCCCACCGCACCCUGCGCUACAUGAUAUACCAGGGAAGAGGCACCAAAUGGAUGCACCGCCUCCGAAGGCUGCGGGACCGCUAUGGUUUCGAACCGAUCUGUCUGGAGUCAGCGGGCGAGAGCCGGGAGGGCCCAGCGGCAAUCAGAAAGGGCAUCCGAGCAGUGGAGACGGAGAGAUGGAGAGCGGGAGCGGCGGCGAAGCCGUCCCUCGCGAUGUACUGCGCGGAGAAGGAGGCCAUAGGGAAAGAGCCCUGGUACGACAACUCGACAGGCAGUGGACUCCUCGCAGAGGCCCGCAUGGGCACAUUACGGACCCGGGUGUGGAGGGCCAGGUUCACGGAGGGACAGGAGAGGACGUGCACACUCUGCGGGCAGACCGACGAGACGAUGGAGCACCUAGUGCUGCAGUGCCGGCACAUGGUACCGGUCCCAAGUACAGAGGUGCUACCUGUAGCACUCGGUUUCCGAAUCGGUGCAGAACAAGGAGAGGAAGAACAAAAGAACGUUCGAUCGGCGGUUGACGUGACGAAGAGGCGGCUGGAGGUCUGGUGGAGGGAUACGCAUUGGCGGAGGGAAUGCAACCGAUCAGCGGAACAUCAAGCGGAAGCGGAAGUCGCGGGAGGCGCGACAGGCUAGAUCCAGUACUUGUUGCUGUUGAUCACCCGAUACAAAGGGAAGAGCCGCAGACUCCAAUCCAAUCCAAUCC